AUGACGGCUGCUACUUUAUUGUGUGCCGGAUUUAUUAGAUCAACUGCAGCAUUCACUUCCACUACUACCAUCAAUAGACUUGCUCUCAAACAAACUACGAUGGCAACAACAAGAAGUAGUAGUAUCACCAGGAGUAGUCGUCGUGGUCGUGUUCCAGACUACAUGUCCAAACUCUUUGGUGGUCCUCCGCAAAAGGAAGAAGUGGAUCCAGGAGUCGUCGAUGGAACGGAUCUCAGAAUUGUCAAAUACCCACAUCCAGCACUCCGAGCCGAGAAUGCCGAAAUUACCCAAGAAGAAUUGAAGGAAUCUGACGACAUCAAGAACUUGGCGAAAGACAUGCUCAAAGUCAUGUACGCCGCCGAAGGAGUUGGUUUGGCCGCUCCUCAAGUCGGUGUCAACAAGCGAUUGAUGGUAUACAAUCCUUCGGGAGAUUCCAAAAAGUGGCUCGAAGAAACCAUCUUGGUCAAUCCACAAAUUAUUGAGUAUAGUGACGGCAAGGAUACGGAAACCGAAGGCUGUCUCUCCUUUCCGGACAUGAAUGGGGACGUCACACGAUCCAAAUGGAUCAAGGUACAGGCCAUGAACUUGAAAGGAAAGAACAUGAAGAAGAAAUAUACGGGAUGGGAGGCUCGCAUUUUUCAACACGAAUACGAUCAUUUGGAUGGCACAGUGUAUAUUGAUCGAUUGACGGAGGAUGUUAGAUCGACGGUCCAACCUCGAUUGGACGAACUUGUUCAAGAAUUUGGAGAAGGUGGAGAGCUUUGA